AUGAGUUUCGCUCACGAUGAAGAGAGCGGCCUCGGCCGUACUGGCCGACACAUGAGCGUCUCCCACUAUGCAGAAAAUAUGGGAGCGCCCACCUAUAACACCACUCGACGCAGGUCUUCCAUUGUCCCAGCUGCAGCUGUUGCGGCCCAGCAGGACGAGGCAGUCUUCAACCAAAAAGAUGAGACUCUUCGCAAGAUGUCCAUUGCGGUCCCUAAUUUGGCCGAGCUUUCUGCCGAUGCCAAAGCUGCCGCAGAGUUGGAGCACAAGAUGGGCUUCCGUGAAGGUUGCCGACUCUAUCCCAAGGCCAUUUUGUUCUCCUUCUGCCUGUCUCUCGCCGUCAUCAUGGAGGGAUAUGACACAUACUUGCUGGGUAACUUUUUCGGUUUGACUACCUUCGCGCGCAAGUACGGCUCCCCCUCGGGCAUGGUGGACGGGACUCAAACAUACCAAGUCUCUGCAACAUGGCAAUCCGCCCUCACCAACGGUACGGCCACCGCUCAAAUCAUCGGGCUUUUUCUCAAUGGUAUCAUCUCUGAGAGGAUCGGGUAUCGCUGGACCAUGAUUGGCUCCCUGAUGUUCAUCACCGGCACCAUUUUCAUCACUUUCUUUGCCGUCGAUGUUCAAAUGUUACUUGCUGGCUACGUCCUCUCCGGUCUUCCAUGGGGUGUUUUCCAGACACUCACCACCACAUAUGCCGCAGAAGUCACCCCGGUGCCCCUUCGACCAUAUUUGACCACCUAUGUCAACCUCUGUUGGGUUAUCGGCCAGCUCAUUGCUGCUGGUGUCUUGAAAGGCUUCGUCAACAUCUCCUCUCAAUGGGCAUAUCGCGUGCCCUAUGCGAUCCAAUGGGUCUGGCCCCUCCCCAUCAUGCUCACUGCAUUCCUUGCUCCGGAGUCACCAUGGUGGCUGGUACGCCACGGAAAACUCGACCGGGCUCGCGCUGCACUUCUUAAGUUGACCUCCAAGAAGAACGCGGAAUUCAAUGUGGAAGACACACUUGCCAUGAUGAUUCACACCAACGAACUGGAAAUUCAGCAAACUGCCGGCACCACAUACUGGGACUGCUUCAAGGGGGUUGAUCUCCGACGAACCGAAGUAACCUGUAUCACUUGGUUGAUUCAACAGACCUCCGGCUCGCCAAUGAUCGGCUGGGGUACUUACUUCAUGAUCCAAGCCGGUCUGAGUGAAAGCAACGCAUAUUCCCUUGGUGUCGGUCAGAGUGCUAUGGGUUUUUGCGGCACGGUCUUGUCCUGGUUCUUGAUGCCACACUUCGGUCGUCGCACACUGUAUCUCUGGGGUCAAGUGGGGAUGUUCAUUAUCUUGAUGGUUAUCGGUGGUCUAGGGGCCCCAGAACUCUCCACAUCGAUCGGUUGGGCCUCUGGAGCCUUGAUUCUCAUCCUGACUUUCCUCUACGACUUCACUGUCGGCCCGGUCUGCUAUUCGCUUGUUGCUGAGCUUCCAUCUACCCGCCUCAGAAUCAAGACGGUCGUCUUGUCAAGAAAUGUUUACAAUAUUAUGGGUAUUGUGAUCGGGACUCUUCAGCCUCGCAUGAUGAACCCAACCGCCUGGGGUUGGCGUGGAAAGACAUGCUUUUUCUGGGGUGGUCUGAACUUGCUUGGCUUGAUCUGGACAUAUUUUCGUCUUCCAGAGCCAAAAGGCCUCACUUAUGCCGAAUUGGAUGUUUUGUUCGAGAACAAGGUGUCCGCUCGCAAAUUCAAGUCUGUCAAAGUCGAUCCCUACCGCUCCGACAACCUGGUUGUUGUUCCCGACGAGGAUACAACCAGCCACGAGAUGGGCGAGAAGAAAGGCAUUUAA